AUGGAGGAAGAGGCUAACUCUUGGAUAAGGAGGGCUAAGUUCUCUCACACAAUUUGCCACCGUUUGGAUUCUUCAAGUUUGGCCUCUUUUCCUAUCAAUAUUCGGGCAGAGAGAAUUUCGGGCUUGAGAUCCAGGCCUAUAACAAGAACUGCUUCUCCCAAGCAGAAAUCACAGCAAUCCUUUUUUUAUCAAAGCUCCCAACACUCCUUUCCCAGUCAGAAAUCACUUUCCUUUCCCAGUCAAAAAUCAUCAGCGUCUAAUAAUUCUCAGAUUCAGAGAAAUCCACUCACCAAUAAGCAAAGAUCUUUAUCUCCUCUCCCUGAAACAAUCCUUUCUGAUACUUUUAAAGAAGCAAGGUCUGAUAAGAAGAGAUUCUCAACACCACUUCCUCGUAGAAAUGAUCAAGACAUAGGAAUUAUUGGAAAGUUUUUGCAUAAAGAGUCAAAAGAAACCAGGGAGAAGUCCAAUACAAGCCCACUUAGGCACUUGGCCUCAAUGAAGGGUGGUCAUGAAAAGUCUAGGAGCAAGAAGGAGUAUGCUUGGACAAAAUAUUUUGAUCAUGGUGGAGGUAAGGUUAAUGCUGUGGUAGCAUCUGAUGAAUGCAGCGUUGAUAUGUCUAAGCUGUUUCUUGGGCUUAGAUUUGCUCAUGGGGCACACAGUAGGCUUUACCAUGGUGUGUAUAAGGAUGAACCGGUUGCAGUUAAAAUUAUCAGGGUACCAGAUGAUGACGAAAAUGGAAACUUAGCAACUCGAUUAGAGAAUCAAUUCAACAGAGAAGUCACGCUUCUAUCUCAGCUUCACCAUCCGAAUGUUAUUAAGUUUGUAGCAGCAUGCAGUAAGCCUACAGUUUAUUGUGUUAUAACAGAAUAUUUAUCCGAGGGUUCCUUGAGGGCAUACUUGCACAAGCUUGAGCAUAAAAUUCUCUCCUUAGAGAAAUUAAUGACGAUUGCUCUGGACAUUGCUCGUGGAAUGGAAUACAUUCACUCUCAAGGUGUCAUUCAUCGGGACCUUAAACCAGAGAAUGUCCUUAUUGAUCAAGAGUUCCACUUAAAGAUUGCUGAUUUUGGUAUAGCUUGUGGAGAGGCAUAUUGUGAUUCAUUGGCUGAUGACCCUGGCACUUAUAGAUGGAUGGCACCUGAGAUGAUCAAAAAGAAAUCCUAUGGGCGAAAAGUUGAUGUUUACAGCUUUGGACUCAUCUUAUGGGAAAUGGUGGCAGGGACAAUUCCCUACGAGGAUAUGACUCCCAUCCAAGCUGCUUUUGCAGUAGUGAAUAAGAAUUCAAGACCUGUUAUCCCGAGGGACUGUCCUCCUGCCAUGGGAGCUCUAAUUGAACAAUGCUGGUCAUUGCAACCAGAUAAGAGGCCAGAGUUUUGGCAGAUUGUUAAAGUAUUGGAGCAUUUCGAAUCUUCUCUUGCCCGUGACGGAACCUUGAAGCUGGUACAGAACCCAACUUGCCAAGAUCAUAAGAAAGGAAUGCUCCAUUGGAUUCAAAAGCUUGGUACCGUGAAUCCUAGUAGCACCCCAAUGCCUAAACCUAAAUUCACAUGA